ACGCACCAUUUCCACAAUGACCCCUUUGGCCUUCUCUCAAUUCUAUGAAAAAUGGUUUGAUCUUCUCCAUCACCUUGUCAACCAGCUCUCCGACUUUGCUUCGUCCAUCGCCAACGCCAAGGAAGAGUAUAUUUCUCCCUUGGUAGCGGCGAAGCAGGAAGAGAAGUUGGCGCAACUGAUUGGCAAAGUGAUGUUGCACCAUGAGGAGUACUUCAGGGCAAAGUCACUCAUCACGGAGAAUGACCCCUUAAGCGUGGUGGCUUCUCCGUGGGCCACCACACUUGAGAGGUCUCUUCAUUGGGUCACUGGGUGGAGGCCUACUACGGCUUUCCACCUGGUGUACACGGAAUCCUCUGUGUUGUUUGAGUCCCACAUCGGAGAUAUUCUCCGUGGUGUGAAUACCGGCGACCUUGGUGACCUUUCUCCAACGCAGUUCCGGCGAGUCAGCGAGUUGCAAUGUGACACUGUGAAGGAAGAGAAUCAAAUAACAGAUGAGCUUUCAGAUUGGCAAGACACUGCGAGUGACUUGGUGGGACCACGCGCCGAGAGCAAAGAGAGGAUCGAACGGCUGAUAUGCAUCAUCAAGAAAGCGGAUGAUCUACGGCUCAGAACGAUGCGCAGCGUGGUUAGCUUGCUGUCGCCGCAGCAGGCGAUUGAGUUCCUCAUAGCGUCUGCAGAGAUGCUCGUGGGAAUCCGCGGGUGGGGAUCGAAUCAUGACUGUCCACGUGGCAGAUAAAAACCCCAUUGGAUUCUAUAUCCUAACCUCUAAUUUCUGUGU